AUGGAGGAGAUGAACAAUAGGAUGGGAGGCAUGGAGGCUAAUGUAGAAUCCUUUCACGGCUACCUUCGUGCACUGAGAGAUAUCAUUAUUGGGAAAGAGAAUGGAGACAAAGCCUUGGAAUGGAUUUUUCGAUGUGAGCGAUAUUGUGAUGUUAACUGCUUAAACGAGCAGGAACACCUCACGAUGGUUGGAGUGUGUAUGGAAGGUAUUGCACAUGGGUGGUUGAAGUGGAGAGAAAAACGAAGAGAAUUUACUAGUUGGGAAAAGUUUAGGAAUGUAGUGUUGAAACAGUUUAGAGCAAGACAUGAGAGGACCCCACGAGAGAAGCUGCUGGCACUCCGACAAACAGAUUCUGUUCAGGAUUACCGAUGCAAAUUCGAGUUACUAUCGUCAGUGAUGGAUGAUAUGUUUGAGGAAACCCUCACUGAUUUGUUUAUGAACGGUUUGACGGAGGAGGUCCCAGCGGAAAUAAAGCUUUUUCAUCCACGAGACCUGGAGGAAACGAUGCAGCACGCGCUGGAGCUUCAGAUAUUGAUUGCUAGCGAAGAGGAAGCCGAGGAAGGGAACGAGAGGGAUGAAGAAACUGAGACGGUAGAGGAAAGGGAGAUAAAGGCUACAUUAAAUAUAAGCUCAGUGGUGGGAAUCAACACUCCAAAACCCAUGAAGGUGCUGGGGACAGUGAACGACAGAGAAGUGAUGGUGCUCUUGGAUAGUGGAGCCACCCAUAACUUUAUUUCGGAAAGAUUAGUCGGUGAGCUUAGCAUUCCGAUGCGACCUCUGAAAUUUACUAUGGUAUUGGAAGAUAAUAGGAGGUCUGUCUGCAAAAGAGGAGAAGCUUAUUGGAUAGAACUAGGGAUGACAGAAGAGGAGGGUGCUAUAAAGGCUAAUUAUUCUGGCCCUAAAGUGAGUGAAUUGCUAGAAGAAUUCAAGUCUUUGUUUUUUGAACCCCAUGGCCUUCCACCACGGCGUUCCAAAGACCAUGCCAUACGCUUAGUCAGUGGGGCCCAGCCACCAAAUGUUCGAUCAUAUCGUUACCCCUACUAUCAGAAGGAUGAAAUUGAGAAGAUUGUCCAUGAAAUGCUUGCGACAGGAAUAAUCAGGCCUAGUGUCAGCCCAUUCUCAAGUCCGGAUUUAAGGGAACUGAGAGGAUUCCUGGGGCUGACUAGAUAUUAUCAAAGAUUUGUUAAGGGUUACGGAAGGAUUGCAAGCCCUCUUAUGAAUCUUUUGAAAAAGAAUGCCUUCAGGUGGGACGCAACAGCACAAGAAGCUUUCAAAAAAUUGAAAAAUGUCAUGAUUUCUAUCCCUGUUUUGGCUAUGCCGAAUUUCUCUAAGGAAUUUGUGGUGAAGACCGAUGCAUCUGGAAGUGGUUUAGGUGUUAUGCUCAUGCAAGAAGAGAGACCCAUAACAUUCUUAAGCAAGGCUUUGUCAUUACGGAAUCAAGGAAAGUCAAUUUAUGAAAGAGAGUUGAUGACUAUUGUAUUGGCUUUGCAAAGAUGGAGACAUUAUCUCUUAGGAAGACAUUUCAAACCUGGAUGUGAGAACAAAGCCGCAACCGCUCUUUCCAGAAAACCACAGUUUGGCGAAGAAAUCAAAGCAAUCUCAGUGGCGCUAGUGGCAGAAACUGAAGACAUUCAACAGGAGGACUUAUAUGAGGGUGAAAUAAAUAUAUUUUGGGAAGGAAUGAAGAAAGAUAUCAAGAAGUUUGUGGUAGAAUGUGGUGUGUGUCAAAAAGUGAAAUAUGAAGCAGCUUCUCCGACGGGAUUACUCCAACCAUUGCCAAUUCCGACGAAUAUAUGGGAGGAUAUUUCAAUGGACUUCAUUACGGGGCUAUCAAAGAUUAAAGGUGUGGACACGAUAUUGGUGGUGAUCGAUCACCUCACGAAUUAUGGCCAUUUUCUUACCUUUCAACACCCAUUCACAGCCAAGGAAGUAGCUGAAAUCUUUGUGAGAGAAAUAGUGCGUCUGCAUGGCUUUCCGAAGACCAUUGUAACUGACAGGGAUCGCGUCUUUAUGAGCCAUUUAUGGUCAGAAAUGUUUAAAGCGACAGGAACCACUUUGAAAUUUAGUUCGGCAUACCAUCCUCAAACGGAUAAGUAA